GUGUCAAUAUUAUUUGCUGAAUGGUAUCGAAUAUGUGAGCUUCCUGGUGGUAAUGAAGCUGCAUUUAACCAUUUCAUACUACAAUUACAUCAGAAUGGACUUCUGAAAGGGGAUGAUGUGGCUGACCGGUUUUUCCGUCUGCUCACGGAAAUUUCUGUGGCACAUUGCUUAUCAUCAGAAGUAAUUAACUCGGGUGCAUUACAAUCUCCACAACAAACACAGAAUCUAUCUUUCCUUGCAAUUGAUAUUUAUGCCAAGCUUGUAUUUUCGAUCUUGAAGGGAUCUGGCAAAACUGCUCUUUUAUCAAGGAUUCUGGCGGUGACCGUAAGAUUCAUUCAGAGAGAUGCCGAGGAGAAGAAAGCAUCAUUUAAUCCAAGACCAUAUUUUAGAUUGUUUAUUAACUGGCUUCCUGACCUUGGAUCUCUAGAACCUAUUGUUGAUGGUGCCAACUUUCAGAUAUUGACAGCUUUCGCUAAUGCAUUUCAUGCGUUGCACCCUCUUAAGAUUCCAGCGUUCAGCUAUGCUUGGCUUGAGUUGGUUAGUCAUAGAAGUUUUAUGCCGAAGAUGCUUACCGGGAAUAGUCAGAAGGGUUGGCCUUAUAUCCAGCGCUUGCUAGUAGACAUGUUUCAAUUCAUGGAGCCAUUUUUGCGGAAUGCUGAACUUGGACCACCGGUUCAUUUUCUUUAUAAAGGCACUCUUAGGGUAUUGCUAGUGUUACUUCAUGAUUUCCCUGAGUUCCUAUGUGACUAUCAUUUUACUUUCUGUGAUAUGAUUCCUCCUAGCUGCAUUCAGAUGCGGAAUAUCAUCCUUAGUGCGUUUCCUCGAAACAUGAGACUUCCAGAUCCUUCUACUCCCAACUUGAAGAUUGACUUGCUGGCCGAAAUCAAUCAAUCCCCACGUAUUCUAUCAGAGGUGGAUGGAGCUCUUAAAUCAAAGCAGAUGAAGGCCGAUGUGGAUGAGUAUCUCAAG